AUGGAGCUGGGUUGUCUUGGCUCUGUCCAGUACCCAAGUCCUCUCUCUGCAGGGCUGAACCUCACUGAGAAAAUCAAGAAGAUCAAGGUCGUCUUCACCCCUACCAUCUGCAAGCAGACCUGUGCCCGGGGGCGCUGUGCCAACAGCUGUGAGAAGGGUGACACCACCACCCUGUACAGCCAGGGCGGCCACGGGCAUGACCCCAAGUCUGGCUUCCGUAUUUAUUUCUGCCAAAUCCCCUGCCUGAAUGGAGGCCGCUGCAUUGGCCGGGAUGAGUGCUGGUGUCCAGCCAACUCCACAGGGAAGUUCUGCCACCUGCCUGUCCCACAGCCAGACAGGGAGCCUCUGGGAAGAGGCUCUCAGCACAGAACCCUGCUGGGAGGGCCCUUGAAGCAGUCUACCUUCAUGCUGCCUCUCUCCAACCAGCUCGCCUCUGUGAACCCCUCGCUGGUGAAGGUGCAUAUUCACCACCCGCCUGAGGCCUCUGUGCAGAUCCACCAGGUGGCACGGGUGCGGGGUGAAGUGGACCCUGUGCUGGAUGACAACAGCGUGGAGAUCAGAGCCUCUCAUCGACCCUCUGCCAGCCCAGGCCACAGCCACUGGGACAGCAACAGCAUACCUGGUCAGGUGGGAGAGGCCCCUCGGCCACCAGCCCCAGUGCUGUCCAGGCAUCAGGGACUUCUGGGCCGGUGUUACCUGAGCACAGUGAAUGGACAGUGUGCCAACCCCCUGGGGGAGCUGACUUCUCAGGAGGACUGCUGUGGCAGUGUGGGGACCUUCUGGGGGGUGACCUCAUGUGCUCCAUGCCCACCUAGACCAGCCUUCCCAGUGAUUGAGAAUGGCCAACUGGAGUGUCCCCAAGGCUACAGGAGACUGAACCUCAGCCACUGCCAAGAUAUCAAUGAGUGCCUGACCCUGGGCCUCUGCAAGGACUCGGACUGCGUGAACACCAGGGGCAGCUACCUGUGCACCUGCAGGCCUGGCCUCAUGCUGGAUCCAUCGAGGAGCCGCUGUGUAUCUGACAAGGCGGUCUCCAUGCAACAGGGACUAUGCUACCGGUCACUGGGGUCUGACACAUGCACCCUGCCUUUGGUACAACGGAUCACCAAGCAGAUAUGCUGCUGUAGCCGUGUGGGCAAAGCCUGGGGCAGCAAGUGUGAAAAGUGCCCCCUACCUGGCACAGAGGCCUUCAGGGAGAUCUGCCCAGCUGGCCAUGGUUAUACCUACUCGAGCUCAGACAUCCGCCUGUCAAUGAGGAAAGCCGAGGAGGAAGAACUGGCUAGCCCCUUAAGGGAACACACACAGCAGAGUGGUGGACCCCCACCUGGGACAGCAGAGAGGCAACCACUCCGGGCAGCCACCGACACCUGGAUUGAGGCUGAGACCCUCCCUGACAAAGGUGACUCUCGGACUAUUCAGGUCACAACCGGUGUUCCCCACCUACCUGCCUCAGUACCCGGUGAGUUCCUCCUAGAUGCUCCCAAGGUGAAGAGAACAGCCAGAUACCUUAGUUUAGUCAUGGGGUUCAGAUCAGAGGUGGUGAGUGAUAUGACGCGUGAGCACUCUUUCCGGGAACCCUAA